GGCUAGCGAAGAUGUUAUAUGAUGGAAUCUGCAACAUUCUAGAGCCGAAGUUGAUAGAAAUAAACUCUUCAUAACGUUUUGUGCCAUCCAAUGUAAAUAAGUCGUGAAUUGGAUUAUUUUUGGGGGCGGUGAAGAGGGGGUGUUAGCAUCAGAAAAUGGGAGGCUCGCCAUCUUCACAACGCGUUAAAUUUGAGGACGAAAGAAGGAGAUAUAUACAGAAAUCUAUUAAAAGGGCAGCAAAGGGUCAAGAUGAUGACAUCGACGGAAUUCCAGCACGGCAGUCUAAUAUAACAAUUAACCCGGCAGCAGAAGAUUAUCCCUUUGAAAAUCUCGUGUUCGAGGGCGGAGGAAUCAAGACAAUUUCGUACAUCGGCGUCAUAAAGGCCCUUUCUGAUGCCAACAUUUUGAAGAACAUUGACAGAUUUGGUGGAUCAAGUACCGGGGCGUACAUUGGGUUACUGCUGGCCCUGGAAUGUUCUACUGAAGAAAUAGAGAAGAUAUUGCUUAGAAAUCCUAGGACAUUCUAUGAGUCAUGGGCGUGUUGCAUUUCUUGCAAAUUGUUUUCCAACUAUGGGUGGCAGCCUUAUGAAAAUGAAUUCGACUUUAUGGGCAAAAUCAUCGAGGAAAAGCUGGGAGAGAAGGACGCCACAUUUCUUGACUUGUAUGUGAAGACAAAAAAGGAGUUAUGCGUAGUCAUAUCGAAUAUCAGCCAUAAAGAGGAAGAAUACAUGCAUGUUAAAACGACACCUAACCUACCAUUAAGGGAGGCUGUGCGCAUGUCCACGUCAUAUCCGGGAUUCUUCCGACCCGUGAUAUACCAGCAGAAUGGGGUGGACUGUUACAUGGUGGACGGGGGACUUGUUUCCAAUUAUCCUGUCCAUUGCUUCGAUGGGUGGUGGUUGUCGAUGGAACCAGAAGAUUCAUUCUUCAACAAACUGCACGAAAUUUUUGACACCCCAAGCAUUAUUGGGAAGAGGGAUAGGUUCAACCUACGGGGGGAUGAGAGAGACAGGACUCUUGGGGUUCUCUUGUAUAGUGAUACAGACGACGAUCUGUAUAGAUCAUACUUCAAACACAGCUCGGAAUACGACAUUGUCCAAUUCCCGGAUACACCAUUAGGAAGAAAAGCCAGGUAUAACCAGCGGUUGAGACGAGAAGAACUGUCGGUGAAGGAGGCGUUCAGACGUCUGAUUCAGGCCAUGCGGAAAAGGAACAUUACAGCCAACGUGUCCAUCCCAGUACCCACACUGAGGGAAAUAUUGGCAGAUGAAAAAUUUACAAGUCGGCAUAGAGAAACGAUAUUUGGAAAGAAUUGCACGGUUGACGAUAUAAUACAGAGGUUUGAUACACACAACAGUGGAUGGACAAAUGAAAAGUUUAUAAAGCUUAUGGAAGGUUUAUGCUUCGACAUUCUUCGCGGAAAGUUCUUGGGAGAAGUGACUGAAAUCAAGGAUGCGUUUUCCUACGGCUCGAGCGUCCUAGAGGCUGCUACUAGGACGUGUGAAAGGAUGCAUUUCAAUCAUGACGUUUUGGUAAGGACCAUGGGCAUUGAUACCCACCACAUUGGUACAUUUACAAAGGAACUGAAAGUAGAGGAUAAGGACUUCGUUGUUCAAUCUGCUUAUGACGACACCAUGAGCUUUCUGAGGAAGUACGCCAAAAACAUGAAGGAUCCGAGUGCGUUGAGUUCUAUCCCUUUACAAUCCUUUGUACCGACUAGUGAUGUUUCUGUUGUAUACAACCAUGAAGAGUUUCAACAGGACGCCGAUAUGACGUACGCAACCGUAGGGAUACGAGGCGUGCCAAACUGACGUCAUAGAUCAUUAUACUCUUGCUCACUUGAUUCAAAGCAUUUUACUGUUGAUUGCUUUACGAAGGAAACGUGCAGUUGCUAUUUCAUACUUAAUAAUUGAAUGUCAUAUUCUGGUAUAAUUAUACGUGCUUAUUGUAUUUCACUCCGAUUCCACGUGAAUAAUCUUUUGAACGUUUGCAAGUGUCACAGUGUACAUUUUACUUGAGCAUGAGUUUUAGCAUUUAGUUUUUAUAUUCGUGCUGUUUAUAUACGAAACAAUUUUUUGGAAUAAAUAUGUUGAAUAUUAA